CUCCUCCCUCCCUCCACCGGAACCACCACUAUCUCACAACAAUUCAAAGAAGCCCCACAGUUUUACAACUCGCCGGAAUGCCCUUCAAUUAUACACACCCAUGAUUUCAACACCGGUGAUGAUUCCACCGUUCAUGUCGCCAUGACCCUCGAUGCCGCCUACAUCCGUGGAUCAAUGGCGGCCAUUCUAUCUGUCCUCCAACACUCCUCCUGCCCGGAAAACAUCAUCUUCCACUUUGUCACCUCCGCCUCCUCCGACACCUCCCUYCUACGCGCCACCAUUGCCAACUCCUUUCCUUACCUUAAAUUCGACGUCUACCCUUUUGACGAUUCCCUGGUGGCCGGACUUAUCUCCACCUCCAUACGCGCCGCCCUUGACUGCCCCCUAAACUAUGCCCGGAGCUACCUCGCUAACAUACUCCCACUCCAUGUCAGCAAAGUGGUGUACCUCGAUUCUGACCUUGUGCUCGUCGACGACAUCGCAAAGCUCGCCGCCACUCCCCUCGGCGACGCCAUUCUCGCCGCGCCGGAAUAUUGCAACGCCAACUUUACGUUCUACUUUACACCAACUUUCUGGUCAAACCCAUCACUUUCCUCCACUUUUGAUCACCGGAAACCUUGCUACUUCAACACCGGAGUGAUGGUGAUGGACUUAGACCGGUGGCGUGCYGGUGACUACACGACAAAGAUAGAAGAAUGGAUGGAGCUACAGAAACGACUUAGGAUUUAUGAACUAGGAUCUCUACCGCCAUUCUUGCUUGUCUUUGCCGGGAAGAUAGCUCCGGUGGAUCACCGGUGGAACCAGCAUGGGCUCGGCGGUGAUAAUUUUCGUGGGCUUUGUAGGGAUUURCAUCCGGGACCCGUGAGUUUAUUGCAUUGGAGUGGUAAAAGUAAACCAUGGGUGAGACUGGAUGCCGAGAGACCAUGUCCAUUGGAUGCUCUUUGGGCACCUUAUGAUCUKUUGAAACCUCCAUUUUCGUUUGAUUCAUGAAGCUCUGGCAAAUCGUAUAUGACGAUGAUUGUGUAU